CUUCCAUCUUCCACCAUAUUAAAAAAGAACCACUUUCCUCCAAUUUUGCCUCCCAAGUGUUCGUUUGGAAAUUGGUUCACUUCAUUCUCAUCCACGCAACUCUGAACUAACUCUCGCAAGAUCAGCGAUGUCCGGUGUUGUUGCAGCAGCUUCCUCUUCCUCAUGCUCUGCCACCUUCUCUUCCUCUUCCAACCACCACUCCAUAAAAAAUUCUCAGCUCCCUCAGUACUCCAAGUCGAGGUCUCUCCUUAAUCCUUCAUCUCAAUCCCAGAAAACGUCUUUCCAGGGCCUUUCCCUUCGUGAAGCCAAAUGGGUUGUUUCAGAUUCCUUCUUUGGGGGUGAGAACACGAAAGGUUCUGCCAUUGCCAGAAGAAGGCUUGAGAUCACAGCUAGAGCUGCUGGGGCUGCGAAGACGAUUGAGGUUGACGUCGACAAGCCACUUGGCCUCACCUUGGGCCAGAAAUCUGGUGGCGGCGUCGUCAUCACCGGUGUGGAUGGUGGUGGGAAUGCAGCUAAAGCAGGGUUGAAAGCAGGGGACCAAGUCCUGUAUACUAGCAGUUUCUUUGGGGAUGAACUGUGGCCGGCUGAUAAGCUUGGAUUUACAAAAACUGCCAUUCAAGCAAAGCCUGAUUCUGUCUACUUUGUUGUCAGCAGAGGUGCUGAUGUAGAUGUUAAAAGACUUCCAAAACGCCCUGCCCCUCCUCGCUUUGGAAGAAAACUGAGUGAGGCUCAAAAGGCUAGAGCUACUCACAUUUGCCUUGAUUGUGGAUACAUAUACACUUUACAGAAACCUUUCGAUGAGCAGCCCGACACCUACAUAUGUCCCCAGUGCCAGGCACCGAAGAAGAGGUUUGCUCGGUAUGACGUGAACACAGGGAGAGCUAUUGGUGGGGGUUUGCCACCAAUUGGAGUUAUUAUUGGACUGGUUGCUGGUAUAGGCGCAGUAGGAGCUUUGCUUGUUUAUGGUCUUCAGUGAAGUUUUCUUCUAUCAAUCACUGCCUUUAUUGAAAAUGCUCCAAAAUAUACUUGUCUCUUCAUCUAGGAGCUUGCAUCACAAAAGCAACUUCCAGUUUGGAUGUUACAGCUGAAUCAUGAUUCAUUAUAGUAAAUAUGUACUGCAAUUCUGCAGAUUGAGUUUACUGAAGUUGAACUGUGCACAAGUAAUGGAAAUUCACACAAAAAUAGACCUUUGCUCGGGAGACGGUUACAUGCGCUUAAUUGGAUCCUUUGCUCAGAAGGAAUUUGCAAGUAACCCUUUUUCCACAAAAAUGAAGAACUCCAUAUUAAAUAGGACUGAGAAUAA